AUGAUCUCAAAAGUUGUGGUUAACAACUCACCAGGACGAUACAACUUUCGACAAGCAGGACAUUAUACCAAAUCUGCGGCGAGCUGCGCAUCACCAAUGAGAAACCAAAAGCGUAAGGCCAAGGGAAAGACGACCGCAAGCUAUAGCAUACCACAGCACAAAGAUGCCAAACUCCAGAAGGCAGCUUCCGUCUUAGCAGCUUACGAGGUUGCAGCUCCCGCUAACAUCCCUGACGAAGCCAUCGACCAAGCUCUGGUCGUUAGAGACGAAUUCAUCGAGCAUAAUGACAACGACCAAGCUCGUCGGAUCACUGUUCAGCCAUCAAUUUAUUUCCUCUUCACCGUUGUGCUCGCAAUGUUUACGUGA